AUUAAGCUGAGACCAGAAGGCUGAGUGGAGGUGACCUACAGGAAGAAGAAGGGAAGGUUGUAACAGUAAUGACUUGGAGGGGAGAGGCCCUGCAGGUUGGAGAAGUUCAGUGUGGCUGACCAUGGAGUGUGCAGAGUGAGGGGGUUGACUGCUGAGCUCCAGAGGUGGACAGAGCCCCUGAAUUAAUUAAAAGGAUUUAUGGUAUAUCUUAUGACUCUACAGGAGCCUUGGGAUAUAGAUAGAAAUGAAUGCCAUUUCCCAUCCAGUACUGAAGUGUUAAGUUAGAAGACAUUUGCUAAGUCAAAUCACUUCAGGUGUGUUGAAGAAAGUACACACAUCUUAUCUUCUGAACAUUUUGAUGGAAUUAACCACAAACCUCAUGCAAGAACAAUAAAAGGAAAGAUACUAUUCAAGUCCAGUACAUCAUAAUGCAGAAUUCUUUAGCAGUACCACCAAAAGAUGAAGUAAGCGAGGAGAGGCUUAGCAGUAAAAAUAAUGGAGCAAGUAUCAGGAAAGCUGGACUCCAUUCCAGACCUGCCUCCAAACAGCUGUGGAACCCCAGGCAAAGUUAUUUUGCCACUGAGCCUCAGUUUUCUCAUUUAAAAAUCGAGAAUGACUAAGUGUUCUUUUCAGGCUCGAAAAAGGUGAAUCAAACAUCCCUUCUGGAACAAUACAGAGUAGGAAAGGUUUGCAGAAUAAGAGUCAGUUUAGGACCAUCGCACCAAAAAUUGUGCCCAAAGUCCUAACAUCCAGAAUGCUGCCAUGUCAUUCACCAUCACGCUCUGAUCAGGUGAAUCUGGGACCCUCCAUCAACUCUAAGCCACUGGGGAUGUCCACCCAGAACUAUGCUCUGAUGCAGGUUGCUGGCCAGGAGGGGACAUUUUCUCUUGUUGCUUUGCCACAUGUUGCCUCAGCUCAGCCAAUUCAGAAACCCAGAAUGUCCCUACCUGAAAACCUGAAACUUCCUAUUCCUCGAUAUCAACCCCCAAGAAAUAGCAAAGGAUCAAGAAAGAAACCCAUCCUGAUCUUUCCUAAGAGUGGCUGUAGCAAAGCUCCUGCCCAAACCCAGAUGUGUCCUCAGGUAUCCCCUUCCCCACCUCACCACCCUGAACUCCUGUACAAACCCAGCCCAUUUGAGGAAGUGCCAUCACUAGAGCAAGCCCCAGCCAGCAUUGGCACAGCUGCGCUGACUAAUGGAAGUGACCAUGGGGACUUGAGACCACCAGUGACCAACACCCAUGGCAAUCUGAACCCUCCUGCCACCCCAGCAUCAUCCACACCAAAGGGGCCUGCCAAGCAGGACCUCACAGGUCUUUCAGGGAAACCACACUUUGUAAGCAAGGUAACAUCUAGUAAGCCUUCUGCUGUUGCCAGUGAAAAGUUUAAAGAACAAGUUGAUCUUGCAAAAACCAUGACCAGUUUAUCACCAACCAUUCUUGGCAAUGCAGUUCCGUUGAUCUCUUCAGUCCCCAAAGGGAAACUGCCAAUCCCACCCUACUCAAGAAUGAAGACAAUGGAGGUUUACAAAAUCAAAUCAGAUGCUAGCAUUGCAGGUUUUUCUUUUCCAGGACCUAAGGCCGACUGUGAUAAGAUAUCCUCCACCACAGAAGGCUUUAAUGCAGCCACCAAGGUGGCAAGCAAGCUGCCUGUUCCACAAGUGUCACAGCAGAGUCCCUGUGAAAGUGCCUUUUGUCCACCCACCAAACUUGAUCUCAACCACAAAACAAAACUGAACAGUGGAACCGCAAAGAGAAAAGGAAGGAAACGGAAGGUACCAGAUGAAAUUUUGGCAUUUCAGGGAAAAAGGAGGAAAUGUGUCAUUAAUAAGUGUAGAGAUGGUAAAGAAAGAGUAAAAAAUGAUCCCCAAGAAUUCAGAGACCAAAAGCAGGGGACCCUGAAAAAAUAUCGUAGCAUUAUGCCCAAACCUAUCAUGGUCAUACCCACUUUGACCCCCCUGGCUUCUCCAGCUACACUACAAUCCCAGAUGCUUGGGGGCCUAGGACAGGAUGUUUCGUUAAAUAAUUCACUCACUCCUAAAUAUCUUGGCUGCAAGCAAGACAACAGCUCUUCCCCUAAGCCCAGCUCCAUGUUCAGAAGUGGAUUCUCUGGCAUUAAGAAGCCUUGGCACAGAUGUCAUGUCUGCAACCACCACUUCCAGUUCAAACAGCACCUUCGAGACCACAUGAAUACACACACCAACAGACGGCCUUACAGUUGUCGGAUUUGUCGCAAGUCCUACGUACGUCCUGGCAGCCUGAGCACACACAUGAAACUUCAUCACGGUGAGAACCGUCUGAAGAAACUCAUGUGUUGUGAGUUUUGUGCAAAAGUGUUUGGCCACGUCCGAGUCUAUUUUGGCCAUCUGAAAGAAGUGCAUAGGGUUGUGAUCAGCACCGAGCCCGCCGCCAGUGAACUGCAGCCAGGAGACAUACCAAAGAACAGAGACAUGAGUGUGCGAGGCAUGGAGGGAUCACUGGAGAGAGAAAACAAGUCCAACCUGGAAGAAGACUUCCUUCUAAACCAGGCAGAUGAAGUCAAAUUACAAAUCAAAUGUGGCCGUUGUCAGAUUACUGCUCAGUCUUUUGCGGAAAUAAAGUUUCAUUUACUUCAAGUUCACGGAGAGGAAAUUCAGGGCAGGCUACAAGAAGGGACCUUCCCAGGAAGCAAGGGGACUCAGGAAGAGUUGGUGCAGCACGCUAGCCCUGACUGGAAAAGGCAUCCUGAGAGAGGGAAGCCGGAGAAGCUUCAUUCCUCCGAGAAGGAUUCACACGCAUGUCCGAGACUGAAAAGGCAGCUCCACCUUCAUCAUCAGAAUGGCAUGGAAAUGCUCAUGGAAAAUGAAGGACCCCAGUCAGGAACCAACAAACCAAGGGAAACCUGCCAGGGCCCUGAGUGUCCCGGCCUCCACACAGUUCUCUUGUGGUCCCGUUCAGGCUUUAACUGCCUGCUUUGUGCAGAGAUGCUGGGACGGAAAGAGGACCUCCUCCACCACUGGAAGCACCAGCAUAAUUGUGAGGACCCUUCCAAACUGUGGGCUGUUUUAAAUACGGUCUCCAACCAGGGAGUGAUUGAACUUUCCAGUGAAGCUGAGAAAUGAGACCCCAAGGCAGGCCGGGGUUAAAGAGAGAGCUCUGCCGCCACCUUCCUUCAGAGCUUCGUGCUUUAUGGUGGUGCUUAGUCACAAAGAUCAAACAACAGGAUUGGCGUGAGUGAACAGAAAUGAUUUUUGUACAUGGUUUUAUUUUCUUAUGAAAUAAAAUACAUGUUCUCGAAACAUUUUUCUAA